UCGACCGUCAACGAAGCCGAAAUCGCCCAUUUCUCUCGCCUCUCGUCGCUCUGGUGGGACGAGCGUGGCGAGUUCGGGCUCCUGCACAAGAUGAACCCCGCGCGGAUGCAGUUCAUACGGGAGAAGAUCCUCGAGAGCGCGCGGGAUGAAGGGGAAGCGGGCGAGGUGUGGGCCGAGAAAGCGGAGAGGGAUGGGAAGGUGCUGAGGGGGAUGGACGUGCUGGACGUGGGGUGUGGUGGGGGGAUCUUGUCUGAGGCUCUCACAAGGCUUGGGGCACACACAACAGCCAUCGAUGCGUCCGAGUCUAACAUCGCCAUCGCGUCGCUGCACGCAGCAGCCGACCCCUCGCUCUCUCCCCGCUCUGCAUCUACGACAGCGUGCGGCUCGCUCACGUACCGCCAUGCGCUCGCGGAGACCCUCGUGCAGGAGCCGAAGCGGUUCGACGUCGUGUGCUCGAUGGAGGUCCUCGAGCACGUCGACAACCCCGCCUCGUUCCUCAUGUCGUGCGCGGAGCUUGUCAAGCCCGGCGGCCACCUCUUCCUCUCCACCAUCGCCCGCACGCCCCUCUCCUACCUCCUCACCAUCCUCGCCGCCGAGCACCUCCUCCGGCUCGUCGAGCCCGGAACACACACGCACUCCAAAUUCGUAAACCCCGCCGAGCUCGUCGACUUCUUCCGCUCUCCGCUCUCCUCCUCUCUCCAGCACGAUGGCGGCGAACAGCAUGGCCAGAAAAUACGUCCUUGGAUCAGCCGCACGUACGAGCACGGGCGCCCUGCGAGGACGGAGGCGGAGGUGAGGGGCAUCGUGUACCUGCCGUGGAAAGGCGAGUGGAGUCUUGCGCCGAGGGUGGUGGGGGCUUGGGCAACAGAGUGUAAUUACCUCUUCUGGGUCCGAAAGCCC